AAGUGUGAGGUAUUUGUCCAAAGAGAGUAUUUAAGACGACCCUCAGCCUUCUAUCUUCACAGUUCUCCUGUCAGCACACAUUGCUUUGUCUGAGCAUAAAACCUCAUUAGCUGAACCUGCUUCUUUCUAUCAUCUUCACGGCAAGCAACAAAUCAUGUCGAGCAUCCUCAAAGUGUUUCUGCUCCUGGCUGUCAUGGUCUUCAUCUCCAAAGCCCAGCUCAGUGACUCCGGACAGCAGUGUCUGUGUAGACGAGUCAGGAAGGGAAUCAGAAACCCAUCUGAAGUAAAGGACAUCCAGAUUUACCCAGCAACUGUGUUCUGUGACAAAGUGGAGAUUGUUGUAUCCACUAACAGCGGCCUUCGAUACUGCCUGAACCCCCAGCUGAAUGCUGUGAAACGACUCCUGGCUAACAUAUUGGCCAAACAGAACAUCUCUUCCCCAGGCAGCACUCUGUAACCCUUUGGAUCCCUACAAAGCUCAGAUGAUGUGAGACCCCCAACAAAGACACCUUAAAACAAAUUCAUAUGUGAAAUGUGUAUGUCUAUUUAUAUAUAUAUAUUUAUACUGAUGUUCACUUACAAAAUGUUUCCGUUUUACAUGUUGUGAACCAAGUGUUCUGUAUUUUGUUCAUUUUUUAUAAUAAAAAAAUUAA